AUGCAGGGUGGAUCAACGGGCAUAGUUUACGGCGGACUCAAAUACCAGGUGACGGAGAGGAGAGUAGUUGCCGGCCGAUCCUGGCGGACUUGGAAAUUUCACCUGCCGCGGCAUCUAAUGGUUCCAAUCUCCCUUUCCCGUCUCUUCUUUUGUUCUCCUUCAGGCAAGAUGCAUUGCCGACGUCAAAGCGGAUGCCAAUAACACUAGCUUCCUUGCGGGGACGCUGAGCCUCAAGGAGGAGAAUGAGGUUUGCACCGCCCCUACAACCGUCAAGAACAGAAGUUUAUGAGCUCACGUAGAGCGUUGGCGGAACUCGCUGUGGUCUUAUUUUUCAGGUUCAUCUGAUAAGGCUGUCUCCGUCGGCGGCAGAGCUCGUCUGCGAAGGACUGUUUUACCACCCGGGCGAGAUCUGGGAUCUUGCCUCUUGCCCCUUCGACAGCCGGUUAUUCUCGGCAGUCUUUGCUUCAGGUAAGCAGCGGAGCCAUACUGGAGGUUUUCAGAAUUGGCUACCGUUUGAAUUCGUCGAUCACAGCCCACUGCCUUGUAGCUUGAUUGAUGGUGCCUGACACAGGGCUGUAUUUCUUCUGAUGAAUUGCCUUAUCAUUCUUGCCAUUAUUCCAUUGGUCAGUGAAAUUUUGCUAUGAUAAAAAUGGACGUCAAAUUAAAUGAUUCCAAGCAUAAGUGGCAUUUUCUUAAUUUAUGAACUUAAGCGUUGAACUCUGGGUUCUGGCGAAUUGCUAAAUUUAAUAACCAUUGGCUUCUUAUCUUGGUUUUUCAGUACAUGCAUUGUGUGAGCUAAAUUGACGACUUUGAAUUGAAGAACUAUGCAGUAUCCAUCAUGUUAUCCUCUUUCAUUACUUUUCUUGUGUGAACCAGUUUCCCUAGGCUAAUCAAUGAAAAAAACUCUUGAGUGCAUGCACUGCUGCUUUGAUAAGAUAUGAUGCAUCAUUUUCAAGUGUUCGUGGAAUAAGUGUUGAGCUCUUGUUUCAUAAUUUUUUUUCCCGCAUCUUUUGUGCCAAAAUUAUGGAAUGCAAAUGGUUGUUCACAUGUUUUAUUGUUUCCUGUGGGAGUUCGAGUGUCCUAGCAACACCUCAAUUAUUUGGAUGGGGCUUAUCAUCGAUUUAUUUCUUUCUUAACCUGCAUGUGACAAGCCGACGACCAUUGUCCCCAUUCACAUGAAAUUACGCAAGUGGAAUUCAAAAAGAGCCUGGUAAUAUUCGAGAGAUAUAAAAGUUAUAUUAACAGAGAAGAAAUAUAUUUAUCUGUUUUUUCUACCUGCCUUGUUAUUGGCACUAUUUCUUUUAAUACGUGUCACAGUUGAUUUAUUUUUUGUUACUCACGUUGCUUUCCUCAAUGUUGAAGGUGAAACAAAUGGAGCAGUAAUAUGGAAGAUUCCUGAACUAUAUGGUCAAUCAAACUCCCCACCUUUGGAACAACUUGUCUCAUUCGAUGGUCAUCCUUGCAAGAUAAGAAGGUGACUGUGUACCAAUUGGUUUUCUUCGAAUUAAAUGACAUAUUUAUUCGCGUUAUUUUUUAAAAUUAUUGAAUUUAUAGUGCUUUCUGCUUCAAAAUAGAGAAAAGGAAAGAGGAGUCUUGAUGCAUGGUAAAAUUGACCGCUUCCUCAGUUGACUCAUGCUAGACUACUCAUGGUAGAAAGUGCCAAUGAGCAUCUAUGACGAAAACUCCUUAUACAUUCUUAAAUCAGUUGGACUGAGUAGUCAUCCAAAUUGAACUUUAAGUCUCUGCAGCCAGCUUCAUGUUAAGGCUUCUGGUGUGAAAAAUCAUUUAUCAGUGCAUAGAAAUAUAAAUUGACAGCUUUUUGCGUAGAUAUUUUCCUUUUCCAAGAGAUCCAUCGUAUCAUGCCCGUGAUUAAGUCAACCAUGCAUUACUCUGAUCCAUUUAUCUUCUUUCUUUUAGGACUGCAAACCUUCUGUCUUCUUUCACUGAAAUCCUUUGAAAAUUAGAUUCAAAAGUAUUGCUAUGACAUGAGGUUUUGUGACUCGUUUGUUUCAUCUAUGCAUCUGUUAUCCCAGAAGAACUUUUCCUAUUUUUUCAUCUUCCAGUCGGUGGUUAUGGUGGUCCCCUGAUAAGGAUUUGAUCCAUAUUUUCUAGAAAAUUGUUUUUCCAUCCAAAUUAUUCAUCAAUAUAUGCAGUAUUUAUUGUCACCAUUAUGCCCUGCCCCAUCUGUUUCAUCUUUUGCUGCCCUUUUCUUGACCAGUGUGUUAAGGAAUCUGCAAAUCAAUUACCUCUUUAUCAAUCUCAUUUUAUGUAGCUGCCUGAUUAAAAGAUAACCACAUUCUUCACGUUUCACUUGCAGUAAUUGAGACAUUUAGGUUACAAAUAGAGUAACUGUAUUCAUAUAAUAAUUCUUUAUUAUAUUUUUUUUCAUCUAGUAUAUUUUUCUGACGACCUCAAUCAUGAACUUUACAGAUACGAUUGUUCAUAUGAAUAGUUCUUGUGACAAGAAAACAUCAAAUCUUAUAGCGAAUGAUUGGCUCAAUUUGUGUACUGUGUUCAGUUGUAUGACACACAUACAUCUCUCUUUAUUGAAAAAAUGAUUUACCAGAAAAUACUUAUGGAAAAAAUGUAGACCUUGGGCUUGCUCCUUAGGUUCGCAUGUUGGAUCCCACUUGAUGACGCCCAUGUCACUCAAUACGUGGUAGCUCGCUAAACUUUGGGAGAUAGCCAAGUACUCAUGGCUACCACUGCAUCCUGGCCUACUGUGCAUUGUGUUUCCGAGGCCUGUUCUUACAAAUCUGACCUCUAUCAGCAUGACCUCGUCAUGAGACAGGAUGAGUGCUUUGGCCCAGUGGUGGUCUCCUAGUGCCAAUGAACGAAAAUGAUAUAAGUAGCCUAGUUUGAAUAAUUACUCAAAGAGUAAGGCUUGAAUAAUGAAUAAUAAGCAAGUGAGUGGGGGACGUAUGUGUGCAUUGUUGUGGUGAAAAACAUAGAGAAGCAGCUUAGGAGGGCUAAGAAAAAAUAUUGUUGGAGGUGAUAGCUGGUGACAAAAAAAUGAGGUUUCAUAUUUGAUUAAGCAAAUCGUAUGGGAAUCCAUAUCAAGAUAAAGAAGGGGUUGACUAAAAGAUGGUCUCGCUGUUUCUCCAGCUUCUUCUUGAUCAAGAGUGGGGACAUUUUCAUGAUAUUUUCUUGUUUGGAGCUGGCUGCACUUGUGGUAUUCUAUGGAUGUAGGUUUUCAUGAUGUUGGGAAAAACUGUGCCUUCAGUGGUAUGGAUAAGCAAAAAUAGCGUGGUCUUUUGACAUAUCAUUGAUCUGAUUAGUAGGAUUUAGAACAACCAGGAUUCCAGAACCACCUCAUAGAUGCUGUCAGAAGAUCAUCCCAUACAAGCCUUUCUAACCAGUACCAGCUGCUGUUGUUUUGAGUUUUUUUAUAAGUGUUGAUUGACUUACACUUGGAUGCCUCCGUAUGUGUUUUUUAUACUGAUUGAAUUUGUGAUUUUGUCCUCUGAAAGAAGGGUUUGAUAUGGAGAAUAUUUUUAGCUUGAAACACCAUCAUCCUUUUUUCCUGACACAUUUCAAUAUCUUCAGAAUAGUAUUCAUCAGCAAUUUUUUGAAUUUGCUUCUUUGUAUUUUCUAUUUUGCUAUCCAUAAAGCUAUUGAUUGUAUAUGCGUUAAUUUUUAUUACUUGUUGUAUCAGGCAAUUUUUUGUACUGACGUCCAAUUCUUUCACUUCUCCACCUCUGUCUGAUACAGUUGAUGUCUGUUUUUUUUCUUAACAGCAUUCUUUGGUGGCCAAUUGGAAAGCAUGAUAAAGUGAUCAGUAUUGACGAACAAAAUCUAUUCCUGUGGAGCUUGGAUUGUUCUAGGAAAAUAGCCGAGGUGUGUUAUGUAACUUCAUAUAGGUCAUAGAUGUUCUAUUAACAUUCAUUUGCUCCUCUUUUUUGCUUCAUCUCGUACGUAGCACUACUCCACUCCUUUUUUUUUUAUCAAUGUCAUCUCUGGUGCUGAAUGGACCAUACUUUUAAGUAAUUGAAAGUUAUUUCUGGUUUUCAUCUCCUUUCAGCUCUUGUUGGCAAUUCAGUCAAAUCUUGUUCGUAGUUUCUACCUGUAAUGGAGGCUGCUGUUCGAAUGGAUCUUUUAUUAUCGUGCGAUUUGCAGUAGGAGUCCUUUUUAUCUGCAAUAUUCUGCGUUAUCGUAAAUCUUGUGAAGUGACAUUCUCUAUUAAAUUUUAAAUUUACUCUAAAGUUUGAAAAAUCUUCCCUUGCUUUGUCUAUUAUGCCUGAAAUGGCACCUGGGCCAACCGUUUCAGUGCUUUUACUAAAUACAGUGAUUCCAAUAUCUUGCACUAACAUGCAUUCAGUGGCUUUUAAGGGUUGGAUCCUAGAUAUCUUAGAGAAUUUGCCUUUCGUAGUUCCACUGGGGGUGUCAAUGUGCUAGGCCCAGUCCAUCUAUUUGCUACAAGGCCUGGGAAAAGUUCUGGAAGAGCAUGCUUAUGCUAGGGUCUGAUUUUCCCAUGUUGGACUCGCCUCACCCAACUCCACUGAGGGGUGAGAGGUGGGGAAAAGGGUUGCCGCAUUGUGAGUAAGGUGCCUACCACUUGGAUGCAUCUGGUGCCUUUGUUGGGCGAAGCUGAGAUUUCAGGCUGGUCUGGAAUACGGGCACCAAUUGUCCCAGAUGAACUGUACUAUUUUUUCCCUUUUGAAUGGGUAUUAGUCUUCUUCCUUCUUUGAUCUCUUUCCUGCCUAAGUUUUGUGUUUUACCUCUAUGUGAUAUGGCAGUUUAAUUUUAAAUGGAGAACACAUUCUGAAGAUUUAACAGCUCCAAAUUAUUGGUGUCUCAUUAGAAUUUUUACAAUACAGGUCCAAUCACAGGAAUCUGUAGGUGUCCUACAUCACUUAUCCGGUGGAGCAUGGGAUCCGCAUGACCGAAAUACAGUUGCUGCCUUUUGUGACUCGUCACUGCAAUGUUGGGAUCUGCGCACAAUGAAGUAUGUAUAUUGCAGUGUAAUCAAUCCUGGACAUCGUGAAGGGUUUUCACCUUGUAUGCUUUGUUUAAUAGAUCGUUAUUGACACAUCUUGACAGAAAGGGUGUACUUCUUUUGUCUUGUCUCAUUAACAUCUUUACAUAGAUAAUAUGUGUGCCAUCUUGUAUGUAUAUUCCUUCUGGCGUUUGUAUUGUUAUACCAUUUGAGCAGUUUCCUGAUUUGAUGUGUUGUCAGAUGAGUAUGAUUGAGGAGCUCACAUUUCCUUUUUACCGAAAAUUUAGUUAAAAAAGUAAAAUGGCAUUUAAUGAGUCUAUCUUCUCCAAAGUUCACUUUUAAAAUAAUCUUGGCCAAUACUCUAACAGUGAGGCAGGCUUACUCGUCUGAUUCUUACAGUGUCUGCCUCACUUUAAACCCCAUUUAACGAAUCAACUUUUCAAAUUCAUGUAAGAAUACGUUUCUUUCUAGUUCUUUUGUUUUUCACCUACGUUGUGUCGGUUCUCAUUAUAGUUUCACUGAUGAGAGAUUGCAUAUGUUAUUGUAGUUGAACAUAGUUUUUCUUUAGAAUUUUAUUUCUUCACAUUUGGUUUGUAAAAAUAUCAGUAACUUCUAGCAACCUUCUAAAUUCAAGACUUUGCAAAACGUCAGUAUCAAAACCCUUAAUAUUAAUGAUGGCCUGCUGUUAGUCGCAAGAGGUGACAUACAAAUGACAAACUUGUUAAGGACCAGGUUAAGUUAACGUGAUACCAGAAGAAAAUAGAUCAUUCAGCCCUUGUAUGUAGGUGCCCCAAUUCUAACCUGAAAUUGGAACCACUUGGUUAAAUUUCUCCUGCGUCAAUAGUGAUUCUUAUACGGUAUUGUGUACUUCAUGUGAAACAUUUGCUAAGUCUCUUAUACAUUUUUUUUGAAAUAUGUUGUAAAAAAACAUGUGCUUUUUUAUUCUUCCUCUAGUCCGUUGCAUUUGAUAUUUUAAUGUUCGCCCUGUUUGACUUCACUUGUUCCUCUUAACAUGUGCUUUGCUGACAGUUGUCUUUAAUUUUGAUGCAUGGUAAUACACAUAAAAAACAGGUUGAGGUUAUAUCAUAUGCUAAUCAUAACACAAACUCUAAAUAUAUCGUCUCUUUCAGGAAAACAAAUUCCAUAGAACUCGUACAUGUUCGAGAUGCAGAUUAUAAUCCCAACAAACAGCACAUCGUUGUGAGUAGAAUUUGCAUCUCGCCACCUCUAGAGUGAGUUUAUUGGAGACAGCAGUUAUCUUAAUUCAGAUUCACGGAACACAUGAUAGCUGAUCCAAUCUAUUCAAUCUCAUGUCACAUCUUUUUGCAAAUGAUUUUUGGUAGUAGUUCUUCAGAAUGGUUGCAUCUUUCACCUUACUUAAGAGUCAUUCAAUGGUCUUCCUUUUCAACAUAAUCUACUUUCAGAAUCCUUGACCACAUUAUAAUUGCUUAUCCUGUUCGAACAUUCACAGGCUACUGCUGAAGACGAAACUGGGAUACACUUAUGGGAUCUUAGAAUGCCCAAUUUUCCGUUCAGUGAGCUCCCUGGACAUGCACAUUGGUACUUUCUCUUAUUCUACUGUAAGACUGCAGGAAAGAGUUCAUUGCAUCACGUCAUCAUUGCAGGAAAGAGGAUCCAUCACUCUUCCCACAUUUUUCUUUCUCUACGUUUUUCCACCUUGUUCUUCUUCUCUUAUUUAGUGAUUUAUGGGACAUUUUGAUGGAGAUCUGAUGGGUGCAUAUGCAUACUGCUGUUUGUCUUAUUUCAUGCAACAUUGUUCGAAGUUAAGUUUAUUGAGAUUAUGAUUCAAUUUGCAGGACGUGGGCCAUUCGGCACAACCCUCAAUAUGAUCAGUUGAUCCUGGUAUCUCUCUCUCUCUCUCUCUCUCUCUCUCUCUCUCUCUCUCUCUCUCUCUCUCUCUCUCUCUCUCUUAUUCGUGUGCACACGUGCUUGUAUCGUUUUCCUUCAUUUACCUCUUCGUCUGCAUUUUCUCUGCCAUUCACUCGGCAUUUGAAUUUGCAGAGCUCUGGAACAGAUUCGACUGUGAACUUGUGGCUGACAUCUUCCAACAACAGCGAUGAUUCUACUUCCGAAAGGUUAUAUAUGCCCUUCUAUUAAACCUAUUUAGAUAUACUUGAUCUCUCUUUAUUAUUUACUAAUUUGCUCGCUGUGCUCUUGCUGCCAUCUUCAGUCAAAGCGAUUCCCCAACUCAGAAAAUGGAUCCUCUGCUCAAUUCAUACACCGACUAUGAGAACAGUGUUUAUGGUAUUACUGAACACUGUAUGAGCCUAUAGUCUUAACUUUUAGCUUAAUAACUCUGCCAAAAAAAAUGGCAGGUAUUGCCUGGAGCUCACGGGAGCCGUCAAUGUUUGCUUCAUUGUCAUAUGAUGGGAGAGUAAGAAAACUAGCAUUACUCUUUUACUGCCUAUUUUUUGUUGAGAUAAACGCCUUAUAAUAUUUAGUCGUUCAUGUUCAUGGGCAACUACUCCCAGGUAUAUGGACAACAAAUUUCCCUUAUUUUAUUAAUUUAUAUUUAUCGUGGAGGGAUUUUUUUUUUUCCACAUUUUCCAAGCUUCAUAUGCAUCACAUCGAUUUUCAUCUCUCUGUCGAGUGUUUACAAACAUUAGAAAGAAAAUAUAAUUCGACGAAUAUUGUUAUCAUAUAGAAAUAAAUAAGAUUCCGAAGUGCGAAGCAAAAUUCUGACUUGAAAAUCAGGUUAGAGUUCAAUGAGCUCUUCUGGGGAUUGUUGACUCGGUGCUGACAUUCUAGCAAUGGCGAUCUACUCUUCUGUGGAACGCAGGUGGUCGUGGAGUCCGUGAAAUCAUAUCUGCCGAGAAAAUAA